GUGCGCAUGCUCCGUCUCCCUCUUGCGGGUGUGGCCGCGCUUGGAGCUGCUGCGAGUCCCGGGGAGGCUACUGCAUGAUGGGGCCGGGGCAGCGCCGGGUUCUGCUUCACUCCCCAUGACCGGCAAGGCCACUCACCGCGUGCUCUACUCAUGGAAAGGGGUACUCCUCACCUGCUUGUCCGGGACUGAGCCCAGGAAACGCAAAGAAAUGAGCCGUCAGACUGCUACAGCCAUCCCGACUGGUACUUCCAAGUGUCCUCCAUCCCAGCGAGUACCGGCCCUCACGGGAACGACUGCCUCCAACAAUGACUUGGCCAGUCUCUUCGAAUGCCCCGUGUGCUUCGACUAUGUGCUGCCACCCAUCCUCCAGUGUCAAAGCGGACACCUCGUCUGCAGCAACUGCCGGCCGAAACUCACAUGCUGUCCGACCUGCAGGGGCCCCCUGGGCUCCAUCCGUAACCUGGCUAUGGAGAAGGUCGCCAACUCCGUUCUCUUCCCCUGCAAAUACGCCAGUUCUGGAUGCGAGAUAACCUUACCCCACACGGAAAAAGCGGAUCACGAGGAGCUGUGUGAGUUCAGACCUUACUCCUGCCCCUGCCCCGGAGCUUCGUGCAAAUGGCAGGGCUCCCUGGAUGCAGUAAUGCCCCAUCUAAUGCAUCAGCAUAAGUCUAUAACGACGUUACAAGGAGAGGAUAUUGUCUUUCUGGCUACGGACAUUAAUCUCCCGGGUGCCGUGGACUGGGUCAUGAUGCAGUCGUGCUUUGGCUUUCAUUUCAUGUUGGUCUUAGAAAAACAAGAGAAAUACGACGGGCACCAACAGUUCUUUGCGAUUGUACAACUAAUAGGAACGCGCAAGCAAGCGGAGAACUUCGCCUACCGGCUGGAGCUAAACGGCCACCGGAGGAGGCUGACUUGGGAAGCCACGCCGCGCUCCAUUCACGAGGGAAUUGCGACGGCCAUAAUGAACAGUGACUGCCUAGUUUUUGAUACCAGCAUUGCACAGCUCUUUGCAGAAAACGGCAAUUUGGGAAUUAACGUGACCAUCUCCAUGUGCUGAGACUGUAUUCAGACACUUCCAGGGCCAGUGUUCAAAAUCCCCCCCCCCCACACCAGUUACCAUUAAACAGGCAGCCGAGGAGCCGGGGCUGCACGUUGCAUGUAGAAACACUAAUAUUUAAACUCCUAAACCACUGAGAGAGAGAGAGAUAUAAACGUAUAAAGGCACCCAAGCUGGGCAUCUUUUGUAUUUAAACAGAAAAUCUUUACAAAAAUUAAAAAUAAUUAAAGUCAAAAAAUGAACGUGUAAAAUAAUCCCGAAUUUGUGUUUGUAGUUUGUACAGUGAAACCCAGUUUGUGUUUCUUCCCCUCCUGUGACGGAGAAGCCAUUGUGCGCGGCGUGACGCCGCUGCGCCCCUCAUUUGUAAGUCACUAUAUAGCACUGCUGCUGUCUGUACAUUUUCAGUGUAUUGCUAAUUUUUAUUAACUUCUAGUUUUUCAUUCAAUAAAUUUGACUUUUUCUGUAA